AUGAGCUCUUCGAUAGAGACUCUUGCCAAUGGGAAUGGCCAUGCUGGCGAACAUGACCACGUCCUUCGCCCUCGACCGCGCAAGCCCAAGCAUUCACAAGUCUCCGAUGUUGUUCGCAUGACAUCGACGAGCGAUGGUGAACACCUAAUGCCCGACAACGCCAGCACGGGAUCAGCAAGUGCGGUCGUUCUACACCCGUCCCAGAGAAUGCGCCUCCAUCCGUCAAGUCCCUUUCCACCGCUCGAAAACAAGUUCGCGCCGAGCAACGCCGCCGUAUAUUCGCCCACGAUCGAGUUCGCCUCACGCGUGAGUCACUUCGACCCCGAGAGCGAUUACAGAGACUUCCAUGGCUUCUUCAACUUGUUUUGGAUUGGUCUUGCCAUUAUGGGUAUUACAUCCAUGCUGCGCAAUCUUAAAGAUACUGGCUUCCCUUUGAGAGUGCAAAUAUGGAGUCUCUUUACUGUCAAGCUUUGGCACCUUGCCAUUGCCGAUUUCCUCAUGGUUGCGACGACUGCUGUUAGUCUACCUCUGAACCGUGCAGCGAGGAACGCAAAGCCAGGCAGCUUUCUGGAUUGGAAUAAAGGUGGAAUUGCUAUUCAGAGUAUUUACCAGGUUGUUUGGCUUACUCUCUGGAUCAUUGUCCCUUUCUACUUUGAAUGGACAUGGACCUCCCAGGUAUUCUUCCUCCUGCAUACCAUGGUCCUUCUGAUGAAGAUGCACUCUUAUGCUUUCUACAACGGACACUUGUCGCAAACGGAAAAGCGAUUGCACGCUCUCGACAACCCUUUCUCGCCUCACGACCGACGCCCCGCCUACCAAUAUCCCAGCACCGAUUUGCCUGCCAGUGUUACAAAGGGAGAAUCUAAUAGUACCAACGCAAAGAAGCGCCGCCGACAGCGCCAGAAGAAGCAAGAGGCCAAGCAAAGUGCCAACGGCCACAAGAGCAAUGAUGAGGAGCCUAUCAACCAUGAUCUUCUAGCUCCCAGCCCUGUCGCCAGCCCCAGCAACAGUGCGGAUGAAGUCGACGAGAUAAGAGAGGACCUUGCCCGUGAGCUUACGAGUCCCAUUGGCAAUGUCACUUACCCAAACAACUUGACUUGGUCAAACUACACGGAUUACAUCUUUUGCCCGACGCUCUGUUACGAAAUUGAAUAUCCCCGAACAACGCAUAUCAACUGGAUCAAUCUGAUCUCAAAGAUUAUUGCCACUUUUGGCUGCAUCUUUCUUUUGACCAUUAUUUCUGAAGACUUCAUCCUACCUGUCCUUUUGGAUGCCUCGAAACGCCUCGAUGCUGUGCCGACAGAAUCCUCCGUGUCUGAGAAGCUUCUCAUUUUGGCCGAGACCAUCUCAUGGCUUCUAUUUCCAUUCAUGCUUACCUUUCUACUUGUCUUUCUUGUCAUUUUCGAAUAUGUCCUUGGCGCAUUCGCCGAGAUCACCUUUUUCGCGGACCGACACUUUUACUCGGACUGGUGGAACUCGACAGACUGGAUGGAGUUCUCUCGUGAAUGGAAUAUUCCUGUAUACAGCUUCCUCCGACGUCACGUUUACAGCGCUUCCCGACCUCGAAUUGGCAGAGGUGCUGCCACUGCGCUUACAUUCCUCAUCUCAGCAUUUGGCCACGAGAUUGUUAUGGCAUGUAUCACCAAGAAGUUCCGUGGUUAUGGAUUUGUCUGCCAAAUGCUUCAGCUACCCAUCGUUAUGCUCCAGCGUACACGAUGGGUUCGCGGCAAGGAGACCUUGAACAAUGUCUGUUUCUGGGCUUCAAUGGUUCUUGGUCUCAGCAUGAUCUGUGCUCUCUACGUUCUUGUGUAG